AUGGCUGAACAGGAGGCGAGCGGAACGAUGGCGGAAGAAGCCAAGAUUGACGAGGACAUCUUGCAGGUGCUGCGAGACAUGGCCAAUCGCCUGCGCCUCCACGCCAUCAGGACCCUCUGCGCCUCAGGCUUUCGCCACCCCAUAUUGUGCAGCAGUGCAUCUGAGAUCAUGUCCGUGCUGUUGUUCUACAUCAUGAGGUAUAAACUCACGGACCCGGAGAACCCGAACAAUGACAGAUUCGUCCUCUCCAAGAGACUGUCGUUUGUUAAUGUGGCAACUGGAUGGCUGGGGCAAGGACUGGGGAUCGCGUGUGGGAUGGCAUAUACUGGCAGGUACUUUGACAAGGCCAGCUACCGGGUGUUCUGCCUCAUUGGAGAUGGCGAGUCCUCGGAAGGCUCCGUCUGGGAGGCCAUGGCCUUUGCUUCCCACUACAGUCUGGACAAUCUCGUGGCCAUCUUUGACGUGAAUCACCUGUGCCACAGCGGCACCCAGCCCCUCGAGCACUGUGUAGACCUCUUUCAGAAGCGCUGUGAAGCCUUUGGAUGGAGUACUUUCGUGGUGGAUGGCCGCGAUGUGGAGGCACUGUGCCAUGUGUUCCAGCAGGCGGCUCAAGUGAAGAGCAAGCCCACUGCUGUAGUUGCCAAGACCUUCAGGGGCCACGGCAUGCCACAUGUUGAGGAUGCAGAAAAUUGCCAUGAAAGGUCAAUGCCAAAAGAAAGAGUGGAAACAAUUAUCAAACUAAUUGAGAGCCAGAUACAGACCAAGAAGAAGCUUAACCCAAAACCCCCUGUUGAAGACUCACCUCAAAUCAACAUCACAGAUAUAGAAAUGACCUCUCCACCUGCUUACAAUGUCGGUGACAUGAUAGCUACUCGGAAAGCAUGUGGUCUGGCCCUGGCUAAGCUGGGCCGUGCAAAUGACAGAGUCGUUGUGCUGGACGGUGACAGCAAGAACUCCACCUUCUCUGACAUAUUCAAGAAGGAACACCCUGAGCACUUCGUUGAGUGUUCUUCUGAGCAAAGCAUGGUGAGCGUGGCACUGGGAUGCGCCACCCGUGGUCGGAUGGUUACUUUUCUUUGCACCUUCGCUGCCUUUUUGACCCGAGCAUUUGAUCAGAUCCGGAUGGGAGCCAUCUCUCGAACCAGCAUCAACCUUAUUGGGUCCCACUGCGGGGUAUCCAUAGGUGAAGACAGCCCCUCCCAGAUGGCCCUGGAGGAUCUGGCCAUGUUCCGAACGGUUCCGAACUGCACUAUUUUCUAUCCAAGCGAUGCCAUCUCAACGGAGCAUGCUGUGUUGCUGGCGGCCAAUACCAAGGGGAUGUGCUACAUUCGGAUCAGUCGGCCAGAAACUGCAGUUAUUUACACCCCAGAUGAAAUCUUUGAGAUUGGACGGGCCAAGGUCGUCCGCAACAGUGUCAACGACAGGCUCACAGUUGUUGGAGCUGGAGUGACUUUGCACGAAGCCUUAGCAGCCGCCGAUGAUCUUUCUAAGCAAGAAGAUAUUUCUAUCCGCGUCAUCGACCUGUUUACUGUUAAACCCCUGGAUGCAGCCACCGUCAUCUCCAACGCAAAAGCCACAGGUGGCCAGAUUAUCACAGUGGAGGAUCACUCUUCAGAAGGUGGCAUCGGGGAGGCUGUUUGUGCAGCGGUAUCCAUGGUGCCUGAUAUCCUGGUCCAUCAGCUGGCAGUGCCAGGAGCACCUCGGAGCGAAAAGCCGAAUGAGCCGCUCAGUAUGUUUGGAAUCAGUGCCAGACAAAUCACAGUGGCUGUGAAGUGUAUUUUAAUGAAUUAA